GAAUGAGAGUUACUUCCCCUAAAAAAUUAUGAAAUGUGAGCAUGAAGGUUAGUCAAGUUUUUAAUCAAUUUUCUCGUCAUUUAGGAAGAAGAAGUAAGUUAGAUAUUGUCCAAGCAAGACAAAUAAGUUUCUUUGAUCAGUCCAAAACAAGCGAUUGGAAGCAGGCUGUCUCGGAGGCGGAGAAGAUAGUGGGGUACCCAACUUCGUUUAUGAGUUUGAGAUGUUUACUUAGUGAUGAACUAGCUAAUGUUGCCGUACAGAUAAGAAAAUUAGUGGGAACUAAACAUCCACUACUAAAAACGGCAAGGGGAUUUCUUGACAAUGGCAAGCACAGUUUACAGACUCGAGGAUUGAUUGUACUGCUGAUGGCUAAAGCAGCUGGAGCCAUAGAGGGAUCAUUUGACCAACAUGAGAUGGUCAGUGGUAUAUACCCAAAUCAAAGGCAGCUGGCAGAAAUCACGGAGAUGAUUCACACAGCAAAACUUGUACAUCAGGGUGUGAUUAACCUGGACACCCUGCAGGAGAGUAAUGGAUCAUAUAAAGAUAUGGAGUUUGGGAACAAGAUAGCUGUACUCAGUGGAGAUUUUCUGCUUACCAGCGCUAGCACAGGCCUUGCUGAACUAAAUAAUACAUUGGUUGUAGAAAUGAUCUCAAAAGCUAUUGGUGAUAUGAUGUCAGCAGAGUUCACCAAGUUGCGGGACCGCAAUGGCCAAAUGUUACUUCCAGAUACUGUGAUGUUCCCAGACUGGGAGCGCCAGACGUAUCUCCAGUCAGGAAGUUUGCUGUCGAGAAGUUGUGAAGCUGCCUUGGAGUUAGCGGGACAUGAUGAUGAUCUGAAACAGGCAGCUGCAAAGUUUGGUGAAAAUGUUGCCUAUGCCAGACAGAUGCAUGAGGAUAUGUUACCGUUCACCAAUAAAGGUAUGGAUGCCAACGGUAUCUUAUCAUCAGCCCCUGUUAUAAAACAUACAGAGUACUUCGGACACAGCAGCAUUAACCACGAUUUUACAAGCGACCAGAUCAUCAGUACAGUUAAACAGAAUGGUACAGCUAUAGAAUGGUGUAAACAGAAAUGUGGAGAAUAUGGACACACUGCAAUAGACUGUCUCGAGUGUUUUAAACCCUCAGACGCUAAAAACGCUCUCACUAAAAUAGUGCAAGCUACAACAAAUUUCAAAUCAUCAAAAUCUUGACAUACAUCUAUAUUUUAUCAUAUUCUUUUAUGAAAUUUUCAUGAAUAAAUUAAAUGCUAUCGAA